CUUAUUUCGACACUAUCUACAUUUCAAUGUAAACAAUACAUCACAACUCAACUUACAUAAAUGCAAGUAUACGCAUUCAUUCGAUUUGUUCGAAUAAAAAAUACCAUUUCGCCACUAAAGCCCACAACAAUAGGACCAUUAGGAGAUGUCAUCGUGCGUACAAACAAAAGAAGCCGGGAAGAGAUAAAACAACGGAACACGUACAGACCACUUCAAACUAUCAUACGCCAUUGUGGACACUACCUGGUCCCAGUCGCUUCACAACCACCGAGUAAAAUGGUUGCAAUCUACUUCUUACUAUCCCUAACUGCUGUCGUAGCGUCCGCGGAGCAUACGGGUGCAUACUCAUCACCGCAGUACGCGAAAAAAAUGUACCCGAAAAAGGGUUAUGACACAAACGCGUUACUCCCUCGUGAAAAACCUCCGGUGGUGUUCAAGGACGAACAACCAGCAGAAUCGAUAGCAAGAUUUGACUACGGUAAUGACACAGCGCAGUACGGAAGGGCGUCGUUCAUAGAUGCGGCUGGAAGCUUCCUCAGUGGCACGGGAGGGCAAGUGGUGACGAGCAUAGCAAGGGACUUCAUCGCUAGGUCCACAGGCAGCAGUCAGGUUGGUUUUGACUGCGCCUCCCAGGUCUUGAGUUUAAACCUGACCAAUCUGGUGAUCUUGAUCGUGCUGAAGGCGUUGAUCUUAGCAGCGGGCUUCUUCGGCGCGGGCGCAUGGAAAGGCGGACAUCAUGACUACGGAAGGAGUCUUGACGACAACAAAAACGCGUCCUACAUCACUGAAGACGAGAUUCUGCUAUACCUGAGUUACUUGGCUGGCCAGCAGAAGAAAGACUACGGCUGUUUGUACCUGCUGUCAUGUCAGAAGCCCCAACAAGCUGGGCUGUACUCCUCGGGAGCUGAGCUGCUGCUGCAAGGAGCUAGGAUAGUACAGGGAGACAGUGUAGAUCUGGAACCAUACGCGGAAGUAUCGAUGGGCAUCAAGCAGGCUGCUGAAUGGGGGGAGGGAGGUAUGAACUGCGAGACACGAUACAAAUGUGGACAAUAAACAACAAGAAACAGAAAAUUACAUAAUAAGCUUUUAGACUGUAUUUUGAAGAUUUACUAAGGAUCUGUGUGAGAUAAAAUAUUAAAAUCAUUAUGAGUGUAAAGCUAAAGAAUUAAAAACAAUGUUGCGGAAUUUAGUUUUGCAAAUAGUGCUGUAAAAAAUAUUGUGUUGUGUGCUUGAGUCAACCUAAUAUUAUAGAGUGCAUUGUUCUUCACAAUUAAGGAACAUUUGUAUUACGUAGGUUAUUUUUAAUCAUAGUUAUUUGUAAGUUAAGCAAAUUAUUUUAAGGUGUAGUCAUAAUUGUAUUAGUAGUAAAUAACUUAAUUGCGAUCGAAUGAAAAGGGGUUUCAAUGUCAGAAAAUUUAAUUUGAAACAAGUUUAU